UUUAAAAGGUCCCCAAAAAGAAGAAGAAGAAGAAAAAAAAAAAAAAAAAAGCUAAGGUGGAGAGUCCACAAUAAUUGGCAUCAAAUGCUUAUGGGGAUUCGCACUGUUGCUGAAUUCCAAGAUCUGCAGCAACGUAUCCAUUAUUUAUUUGAAAAUAAGAAACCCCUCUUCUUCUUUCUCUCUCUCUUGCUUUAAUUUUGUUUAAAAAUUUGAGCUUUUUUUCCAUUGGUGGAGGUUUGAGAGGAUUGAAAUUGAAUGACCCAAAUGACCCGGGGGGUAGAGAUUUGUGAGUGCGUUGGAUGUUGGUGGCUCAGAAAGGCUACCAAUUUCAAUAGUUAUGAGUAAUUUGUAUCUGUAUUUCUAGCUGUAACUGUAGCUGUAGAAUCCAAUUCAAGGGCUUCUCUCUCUCUACGUUUUGUAAAAUGGAUUUCGUAAAAGAAUAUUAAAGCUUUGUUGUAUUGCCAAACCCAAAGCCAAUCAGGGCUUCGUCGGAAAGUUGCGCCCAAAAAGGGCUUCUGUCUUCUGCCAUUUCGAUCGUUACCCAGAUGAAAUCAUCGUUGGAUAUGCUUCAGCUGAGAUUCCUGUGAGAGUUACUGUAAAUAAGAGGAUUGGUAAUCAUGGCAGCAGAAUCCAACACAGGGUUUCACCGCGACGAAACGUUAAGUUCCGCUUUGAAUAGGCACGCUAUAUCGUUUCAGUCUACUGCAACAACUAGCAGCUCAGAGAUGAUGACAAUGGGGAACUAUUUUGGGGUCAACAAUGCGUCGGCCAUAAUGUUUUCGGGGAAUUCAAGUGUCGUCAACAAUAACAACAACCAUCCUGUUAUAAGCCAAGCUACCAAUUCAUCUGGUUCUCUGCUUCUUGAUACGGUGCCAGGGCUCAAGCAUGAUGCGGGUUUGGCAGUUGAAUGGUCUGUGGAAGAGCAAUUCAAAUUGGAGGAAGGUCUUGUCAUGUUUGCUGAUGAACCAAGCAUUUUGAGGUAUAUCAAGAUUGCUGCCACGUUACGUGAUAAAACUGUCCGGGAUGUUGCUUUAAGGUGUAGGUGGAUGACUAGAAAACGAAGAAAGCCUGAAGAACAUAUUGGAAAGAAAGUGAACAAUCGAAAGGAUAAGCUGGUGGAGCCAUCGUUAAAAAUAAACACACCUUCAGCCCCUGGCCCCAGCAUGGCUGGAUAUUCACAUAUGAUGCAUCAUAUGAACCGAAAAGAAGGUAUGCCUUCCGAAGUCUCAGAGAUUAGCAGUGCAGCUGCGCAUCUUCUGGAACAGAAUGCUCAAGCUUUUAGUCAAAUUAGUUCCAACCUUUCCAUGUACAAGUUGCAGGAUAACAUUGAUCUUUUCUGCCGGACAAGGAAUAAUAUUGUUGCUAUCCUAAAUGACAUGAGGGACACUCCAGGCAUUAUGAGCAAAAUGUUACCACUUCCUGUAUCUAUAAAUGAAGAUCUUGCAAAUAGAAUCUUACCUAGUACAACCUGAUUUGGAUUGGCUCCAUUCUUUUGGCCCUUGGUUGUGUUUUAUGCCUACACCAAGGCCACUGCAAAGAAAUACAGACAAGAAGAAGAUGACGACGACGAUGACGACAAUGAUGAUGUACGGCUGAUUGGUCGGUUAGCCCCUGCUGUCCCUCCUUGCUGCCCAAUCAGACAAAAUCAAAUUGAUGGCUGAGAAAAAAAUGAGUGUUUGAUCUUGAUGUCAUGUCCAUGAGCAGCUCCCCCAGCACACAAAAUAUUAACAGGGAAGUAAAAGUGUCAGCUGCAGAUAUAUUGGUUGGGAGAUUUGAGUCAAAAGGGAGAAAAUGAGAGAAAAGGGAAAGAAAAAUAUAUUGGAUCUGCUGCUUCCAAUUUGUACUAUUUUAGGCAUUUACCUAAAAAAAAUAAAAUUGUUGUGCAAAAAUAUUUGAUAUGAAAGUAUAGUUGGAUUGGGAGGAGCUGAAAAUCAUUCUGUUACCAUUAAUUGCAUUUCUGUAGUUAUCUGUUUGUUUGAGGCUAAUUUGGUCAAUUGGGUGACAUGACAAUUGAAAAAUAGACCUACCUUA